CGUGCGCUGGUGCCCCUCCAGAAAUUAAGGAGGCAUCGGGCCUUUUAUUUUAGGAAUGAAUGCUGAUCCCUGUGUGUCUUAUUGUGAACCCCCUGCCAUGGAUUGUUACUACAGCCCGGGUCCUCAGGGCAGGGAGCUGCAGAGUUCUCCUUUUAGGGCAUUCCAGCCCAGUGAUAAGUUUAGUCCUGCUUUCCUGGCCAGCAAAGGACAAAGCUUUGGGGACAAGUCCAGGGGCUCCUACCAGCCGGAGUGCCAGUCAUUGGAUGGCAACGGGAGCGAGCAACAGCAGCAGCAAGGCUCCAGGUACCAACCUCACCACCCUCAGCCGCACAUCUACCUGCAGAACAACUCCUGCAAGUCUCCAUCCGACAGCCCCGGGGACCCUCUGAUACCCUGCUACGGCAAAGAAAGUUCCCUGACAUCAAGCAGUGACCCCCCGGGAAUGGACAGUGGGUACCUGACCAGCAAGGAGACCACCGGAAAGAGUUCCCAGGACAGAGGGAGCAGUGAGCUGGCCAUGGACAAGACAGAGUCUGAGAGUAACAAAGGAAAGAAGAGGCGGAACAGGACCACGUUUACAAGCUACCAGCUGGAGGAGCUGGAGAAAGUCUUCCAGAAGACCCACUACCCAGAUGUCUAUGCCCGGGAGCAGCUGGCCAUGAGGACUGACCUAACGGAGGCCAGAGUACAGGUGUGGUUCCAGAACCGGAGGGCGAAGUGGAGGAAAAGAGAGAGGUUUGGGCAAAUGCAACAAGUGCGAACUCACUUCUCCUCUGCCUAUGAGCUGCCACUACUGACCCGAGCUGAAAACUAUGCCCAGAUUCAGAAUCCGUCCUGGAUUGGUAAUAACAGCGGAGGUUCUCCGGUUCCCGCUUGCGUGGUGCCAUGUGACACUGUGUCAUCCUGCAUGUCUCCCCACGCUCAUCCGCACAGCGCCGGUGGAGUUUCAGAGUAUCUCGGCGUGCCAGGUCCUGGAUCGCACAUCGCUCAGACACAUAUGGGCGGUCUCUUCAGCAGCGCAGCCGUGGGACCUGGAAUAAAUGGUUACGACUUGAACACUGAGCCCGAUCGCAAGAGUUCCAGCAUUGCGGCACUCAGGAUGAAAGCCAAGGAGCACAGCGCAGCCAUGUCUUGGGCCACAUGACAGCGCUACCUGCUGCCAGCCAAUCACUGACACUACACCAGUCUCAUGGCGCAGACUCGCAAUGUAUAUUGAGGAUGCCCGCUACUUAGUUUCCCAAGGACUAGAAGCUAACCUUGCCCGCUUCUGGCAAAAUGCUGGGAUUGCUACAACGUGGGUUUGCAGAUAGCGCGAGUGUGGGUUAAAUAAAUGGACAAUCCAGAUGUAGAUGUGGUUAAUAAAUCAGGGAUAUUUCACCGUCACGCCAAGGAUGGUUGCAGUGCAUUGAAGCCAGGUAUCAUAGAGUGUAUUAAUAACUUCCUCCUAAUCCCCACCGGCUGAUCCCUGUCCACAUCUCCGAGGGGAUAACAACACGCCAAGGCGCAGGGGCAGCUGGGACCCUGCCCAGACCGUCAGCAACCACUACAAUACCAAAGAGCCCAAAAGAAAGAGCUGCAGGCUGGGCAGGGUGCAGCUGCCGCCUUACGUCGACGCUGAAGUUCAUGUUUGUGUGUUUGUAGCAUGUGGGAUGGGAUUGGCGUGUCUGUGCGACUUCGGGUUUUCAUAUUCUUUUCGGAUUUCUUAGCAGCGAGGGGCUGGCCUAAUCCAGGCAGCAGGGAUCAAUUCAAUUAGCUGCCAGUCAGCUCGCAGCGCGCCCAAAAAUCUCCAAAGUGAGAUGAGGCGCCGGCUCUGGCGUUUCCACAUUGUAGCCUCGCUCGCGGCUAACUGAAUUGACCCCAUGGAGUGAAUUGUGAGACAGAACCCGGACCCUAAACCAGGUCUUUCUCCUCAAUAUGUCUAUUAAUUGUAAUAUACAAAAUGGCUGCAAUAUUCACAAACAAUACACAACGCAGAAGUGACUGCAGAAUGCAUUCAGCUAGCAGACGGUAAACUGUCCCCUUCAUGAAGUAGUCCGGAGAGCCCACCGUAUGCCUGGGGGGUGGGGGGCACUGGAUGAACCCUUUACACAUCAGCGUAAAUAAAUUGAUCCCACUUUUGGAAUCGCACACAGAGAACCAUCCAGCCAGCGUGCCGAGAUUGCUUUGUGCGUGGAGAGCUUAAAUGCAAAGUAUUGUUCUCCGAGAGGUUCCCCGCUGUGUCCUUCAAUAAACUUUCAGAGUUCAGAGCCAGAUCAGCUAUUGAAACCUGGAACAUAUAAAACACACAUGCGGAAUGGCUUCAUCUGGGCUCAGUCGCAUUGCCUGCAUUGCAACAACUGCGGGCAAGUCAGCGUGCGCCCAAAGUCCAUGCAGCAGAUGGAUGCAGUGGGUCCGGUACGUCCGGUUCUGUCCCGCAUCGGCAGCGUUCCAAUGGUUGUUUGUAAAGCACAAAUAGGCUCCGUUUUGCAGAAAGGAAUUUGGUUCUUAGGUUUAUCGCUCACAGUUCUCAGCAGGCGGACAGCGAGAGGCUGAUACAAAGAUGACCAUAUCCCCAGUUGCGGAGUGAAUCUUGUGCACAUCCGCCUCAUAACGGUCAAUGGUGUGGUGUCGGCAUUUCGGCUGCAUCCCUAGAACACUGAUACAUUGUUUCCUGUGUGUGUUUGCAGCAAUGUGCGCUCCAUUUACUCCCAAUUCUGCAUCAGCCCAGGUGUCUUGUAGGGUGCCCAAAGGCGAAGGUUGCAUGCAGGAGUGAUGGCGGAUGUUCCGGCAGGCGAUUAGACCUAUCCUCGGCAUGUAAGCGCUGCGUCUCAGGGCAUCCGGCAGACUGUACCAGGGAGGUUACGCUGCUUCCAGCGGAUUAAGUGUUCACAUCAACAUCCUCCUCUUGUAUUCCCAGCUAUUGGAAAGACUCCGGAGAAACCAUUUCUUCUCUCCGUGUCUCAGUGCACAAACACAGACGUCAGCUGAAAAUCCCCCAACGCAGCGACAUUAGUGGUCUCCUGGGUUAGACGAGGUUCUCCUGAAUUUUAGACUUGUGCUCAGAAAACGCAGAAGUAGACACUGACGCAGGGGGCCGUGAUUUAUGGCGAGACAGCUACACAAACUGCUCAUUAACUGCUCCAGCCCAAUAAAAGGAAGAUCUGCUCGUUUCAUGUAUCAGAAGCGACGGCAUCUCACCGCCGUACACUGUGGCCUGGCGUACCUGCCCCGAGUAAUCGGGAUCACGACACAAGCUGGAGACUAGCUGGCAUCUGUGGCCAAGUCCCUGGCAGUGGUUGGGGCACUAAACCAAAAACACCAAUUCGUCCGAUACAGUGGUUCUCAACUCCAGAGCUCCAACAGGUCAUGUUUUCUGGAUUUCUUUUAUCAUGCACGGCUGAAUUGAUCUAUUUUUUCAGGAUGAUGAAUUAUUCCACACGGAUCCAAUAAAUCCUGAAAAUGUGACUUGUUGGGGGUCUGCGAGGGCCGGAGCGGAGAACCUCGGAGCAGUCACAGUGGCUGGAUAUGGGGGUGAAUGCAUUAUGGCUAGUACCCCAGGGAAGACACGCCAUGCGCUUAGUUCCCCAAUACAAGAUGGAAGAUCCCCACGUGCCUCAGUCUGGGGUGCAGCAGACAAUCACAGGCUUCAUAGCAACAUUCUUGGGGGUUCCUGUGAUACCUGCAAAACAUUUCACUGUCCAGGCAGAGCGCUCCGUACAGGAUCAGCAGAACAGUACUGGGAUGGCGCAGCGCUUCUGCCCAUCCACCUAUGUCACUUCUCCCAAUAUUAAGUGGUAGAGUUAUCAAAGCUUGGCGAGAGAUAAAAUGGCGGCAAUCAGCUCCUAUCUGCCAUGUUACAGGCGGUGGAAGAAAAUGACAGAAGCUGGUUGGUUGGCACUUUCUCUCUCUCCACACUUUGAUAAAUCUCCCCCUUAGCCCCCCCCUUGCGUGCCCAGGAUGCACUUGCCGUCCAGUCCUUAUUGCCAGCCCCCCCAGGCAGCUGCAGGUUACUCUUACAGCUAAUAUAUUCCAUGGCAAGCUUCCUCAACACAUUGCGGCCGUCCAAACCAACACGGUGCGGUCUAUAAAACCUAAGUGUGUGGCGCGGAUACUGCGGCAUAGAGGGGAUUGUCCUGGAAAAGCCGAGUCACUGGCCCGACUGCCACCUAUGCUCAUCUGCUUUCCAUGUGAUUAGUAAUGUAACAAGGGGCAAGGACCCGGUGACAAUGGGCACUGCCCAGGAUUAUGGCACAAUUAAGUUUAAAAAAUAUAACGUACACAGAACAUAUAUGCUGCGCCUGUCUCCCGUGCCCCUGAAGAUGGGACCAAGGUCAACGGGCAGCCGCGCCUCCACACACUAUAGCGCUGCCGCCAUUCAUUCUGCAACGCAUAGAAAAAAAAUAUUGCCUCGCUGCCUCCUCUUUUCAGUGACUUUGCUGAGUAAAGACAAAUAUAUUCUGCACUGCGAAGAAAAUAGCAGGAUAGUGCAGACUACAUGCUACACACACUGCAAGCGGCACCGCAACGUUACAAUGUCAUCUUUGUGACAUUGAGCCUCAGUUGUCCCUAUGCUCAACAAAAACUAUAACAAACCUUUGAAUUAAUUUAGCUGAUUGGGUGAAAACUGAACCCAGAGUGCAGGCGGGAGUAAUUAACGAGCUGGCCACGCACAUACAGAUCCGAUUGGCUGAAUUACCCUUCCACCUAAACCCAGGCCAGGAUUUGAUCUGUAAGUGCGGCAAGUUGGAUCAUCCGAUGACCGCCAUUCGCGGCGAGGGGGGGCGGCUUCAUACAAUAGUCUAAUGAUGUGAAAUCUGCACCAUUUGGACCCCAGAAUAGCUCUUACUAUUAUAUCUGCGUACUAGAGGCAUUACUGCUGCAAGCUGUUGUAUAGGGAUGAAGGUUUUACAUCACUGGGGUCAAUUUACUAAGAUGGAAGUUCUAUUUAAGAUGAGAAGUUGCCCAUAGCAACCAACCAGAUUCCAGGUAAUAUGUUCUAGAAGGUGCUAGAUAAAUGAGAAGUAAAAUUGAACUGAGUGGUUGCUACGGGUAACAUCCCAUCUAAAAUAGAAGUCCCAUCUUAGUAAAUUUACCCCAGUGUGUCUACAGGACUCCACACCUAUGUAAGGGAAGGGGUGGGUGUGACAGGCAGACGGGAAACCCUUUAUAUACUACUGAUUCUGAGGAGCAGAUCCGCACUGCAGAGAAA